AUGGGCGCCACUGUUCUUCAUCUGGAAAUCUCGGGUGGAGGGGCGCCGCUUCAGUUACCGCCUGAGGUGUUUGGAUCCGAAACCCUUUACAGCUUAUCUAUGGUGAAUUGCGAAAUCGAUCGAGGGGUUGAAGGAAAUGUGCGUUGCUUUUCACUUAAAUCUCUCAAUUUGUCCAAGGUGUUGGUUGAAGGUUAUACGAUUUGGGAUAUAAUCAGGAGCUGCCCACUGAUUGAGCAAUUGAUACUGUCCGAAUGCGCGUGUUCAGAAUAUCAGACGAGAAGUGGUGGAAAAAUGACCAAUUUCAUGCCGUUUAAUUACCUUAACAUCUUCAGGAAAGAAGACGUUGAGCCUGUUAUUUACAGGCAGACCUAUCUGUACCAGUUUCGUGACCUCAUGCGCUUGUAUUUGGAGAUGGUUGAUAUUGGUAAGUCGUUUUUCAGCGACUUCUCGAGCAAAUUCCCAUUCCUCGUGGAUAUGACUGUUCAUCACUGCAUCUGGGGCAAGCAGGCACAUAUUCUGAGCCCUGACAUUUGA